AUGAACAUUACCUUUCCUGAGGGAAAUCCUGUCUAUCAGGUGAUCCAUUUCUGGAGACCCGAUGGCCAGGAGGUUUCGGUGAACAUCUACUCGCUCGAUGUAUUCUACCAGUACAAUGUUCGGAUCUGCAUCAAUUAUGGCUCUCAGCUCGGGGCUUCGGUCGUCCUUCUGGUCUUUCUACUUCUCCUGACACACAGCGACAAGCGCGGCUCAUUUGUGUUCGUUUUCAAUGGCCUGGCGUUGACGUUCAACACCUUGCGACUGCUCUUCGAAACCAUUCAUUUUUCCACCCCUUUCGAGAAGAUCUAUCCUUAUUUUUCCGGCGAUUACUCGAGCGUCGGGCCAAGAGCCUACGCCAUCUCUAUCUUGGGGACCGUCUUUGAGACCAUGCUUGUUAUGUGCAUCAUGGCCUCAUUGGUCGUGCAGGUGCAGGUAGUGUGCAAAACCCUGCGCCGUCGAUACCGAAGACCCUUGCUCGCGCUGUCUGUGCUGGUGGCAUUGGUACCCAUCGGAUUUCGCAUUGGAUGGAUGGUGAUCAACUGCAUGGCCAUCAUGGCCCUCGAGAGCACGGGUCCAUGGGUGUGGCUCCAGAGCGCACUCAACAUCGUAAUUACCGCCGCUAUCUGCUUUUUCUGUGCCAUUUUCGUUGCCAAGCUGGGUCAUGCAAUCACACAACGCCGCCGACUCGGUGUGCGUGAUUUCGGCCCUAUGAAGAUCAUUUUCGUCUGUGGUUGUCAGACCAUGACGAUUCCUGCUCUGUUUUCAAUCAUUCAGUAUUUUUCGCACGUUCCUGAGCUUGCCGACAACGUUCUGACCCUGGUUACACUUUCCCUGCCGCUGUCCUCGAUCUGGGCCGGCGCUGCACUGGAGAACGCCCAGCGAAUGGAGACACCUCGCAGCCCUCGCAACCUGUGGCGCGCACUCGCCUUCAACAUGAGCCGAUCGAUGCCUACGAACCGCUCGAGAACCGAGAUGACUGCUACGGGUUACACUGGACAGACUUUGUGCUAUACAGACCAACAAAUCAGCAAACCUUCGCAGGACUCGGAGAUGCCCUUGGCGAUCUCGGUUGAGCACGAUAUCUCCGUCGACUCUGUCAGACACUCUGGAAAGGGCAAAUCUUUGGUUUAG